UCCAAUGUGGCCAACAGGUGCACCGCAGCCGCUGUAACCUCGCUGAUGGAUGAUGCCAGUGGAGUGCUCCUCGUUGCUUUGCGCAGGGAUUUCUCGUCUGCACUUUGAAGACUCAGACAUUUUCUUAUCUUGAUCAUUUUCGAUCACAAGAGAUGCCUUUUCCACCCAUCAAUCUCCCCCAGCGGAUCUCCUCUCCUGGCAGGGAACUAUUCAGGAAAAAGAAGCCCAACGUAGUGCCUCCUCAGACUGAGCUCACCAGCAAACCCGGGGGAGAAAAUAAGGGGGAGUCCGAUAAGGAGAAGCUGUCCACGUCUUGGCCAUCGGCGAACUUAAGGAAUUUGGGACGGAGACCCCAGCAGCAGAAAAGUAAAAGCCCUACUCAGAGGCUGGCUGUCGGCCAGGACACUCAGGGGAAGCAGGGGUCCUGGCUGUCCGUGCCCAAACCUCAGGACUCGUCCGGCGGAGUCAGGCGCUCCAGCUCCAUGGAGUCCACCACUCACCGGACCACCAAGCAGCCUCAUGGAAAAGAAGAAGGGGGGAAAGAGAUUCAGUUUACCCUUAGUCUUACCCCUGAAGCCAUUCUUGUCAUUCAGAAACGCAAUCUUGAAAAGCAAAUGAUGGCAAAGCAACAGAAGUGCUGUGCGUCCGCGGACUUUCGGCACCGGCGGGUUUUUCCGUCCAAAAAGGCGCACGGAGGGUCCAAAAGCAGCAGCACCCCAGCCGCCAAGGUAGAGGGUGCGGAGCAGGACAUCACCACUAUCGUCAAAAUCUCUCUGCUGAAUGACCAAUACAAAUAUGAUGAUGUGGAAUAUGAGGAAGAAGACGGAGACGUGGACGAGACCGUCGUGAGAAAAUGCAAAGAGUGGCUCAAAGGGGUUGAAAGUGCUGCUGCUUUUGGAAAAGUGGACAAACUUUCUGCACUUCCGCACCUUAAAGGCUGCUGAUACCUGACUUUUUACAUUUCACUGAAAUAGCCAGCCAGCCUGCCAAGAUUGAAGCGGCGAUGGACUUAAAAGCUUAUUGCGCACUGAUGCACCAGGAAAUUGCCAUUUUAAUGUGAUUUCAUAUUCUGUCUUAAAAUAUUAUUUUUCUUAAAACAAGGGAAAUAUCGACCAGUGGGGUUGGGUAACUCCAUUUGUUUGCAGUGGAUUUUCCCUUAUUUCUGGGUUUUUCUAGAAAAAAAAGUGUCAAUUCCUUAACAAGGCAUAUUAAGGGGGAAAUAAGGAAAUUACACAAGUGAAAAAAACAUUGAAACAGUCAUUUGUAUUUGUAUUGGAACAAGUUAAAUUAUCUCAGUCGAUUAUCACAAUGUCUCACUGGACUCCAGACAAAAAUUAGAUUAAACGCCUCAACAGCCUUCUUGUUAAGAUGGGUAUUUUUUGCAGAGUAUGAUUUAACAAAUUCCAGUGCUUUUCCUCGGUCAAAGGAAUGUUGCUUUGUUUGCCUAUUCAAUGUUUUGGUGAAGUCUGAAUUAAGUACCUUAAUAUUCUCUUCCUUUGCACAUGGUUUUUGUUUUCAGUAGGGCGCCUGUGGAUUGGCAGAGGGUUUGCGUGAAGGGGAAGCGAUGCAGAGUUGGAAAGCGCUCCUUUGUGUCGGAGAACAAUAAACUAUGAACGACAACAGGGUUUACGGGCCUUCUGCUGGAACCAAAUCGGACUGUUUAUAUUACCUCUGACAAGAGGCACUUGUUUAUAUCUUUUGUAGGGCUUAAUCAGUUAUGUACAGUAUUUAAUAUUUGUUAAAUAUUUGUACUGUCAAACGUUUUGUCAGCAGACAAUUUUAUGCCAUCCGAAGUAAAAUGUUUUUAAUCUA